AUGAAUUACAAAUUUAUUUUUAUUACUAUAAGGAAUUAAAAAGACUUUAAUUUUGAGCAGAGAUGGAGUUGUUUUGUUAAAAAAUAUGCCUAUAAAACCAAUCUAAUGAAAUAGAUGGAGAAAGAUGAAAUUUUACUAUUCAAAAGUUUUUAAGAAAUAAAUAAAGGAUGUAAUUUAUCUUCAAAUUAUCAAUUUAAAGAUAUAUAGAAAAACAAAAAAUUUAUAGAUAAGAAACUUCAAAGCAAAGAUCAUAUGAAAACCCUUCUGGAAGGUAUUAUGUUAAUUAAGAUUAGAAAUCGAUUAAUUCCUCUUUAAAAAGCUCAGCAGAGAAUUCUUCAAACCAAUUUAGAAUACUGAUGAUUUUAUUAUGAAAAAAAAUUUAUAGAUAUUUCAAGACAAAAACUAUUUGAAGUAUCUAUAAUUUUGCCAGUACCUAUUUUACUAAACAAUCGUAAAUCAUUAAAAAAAUGCAAAAAUAAAAAUUUUCUUUAUAAUUACCACCAAAAACACCUGUUAUUAUCUGAUUAUAUUGGUUGUUAUGAUUAAUAAUCCAGUAGAUUGUAUAGAUUGUAUAGAUCUAUCGGAAAAAAAUGAUUUUAUUAAAGAAUUAAACCAACUUAUAUCUAGAUAUAAUGGUUAAUAAAAACCUCAAUUUUAAUCUUUUGCAUAAAUUGCUAAUUUAUAAAAAUCACCUCCAAAAUUAACUAUUGACAUUGGAAUUAAGAUGAUUUAUAUCGAUUAGAAUAAAUGGAAAGAGAAAAAUAAGAAAAAUAAAAUAAAAUAAAAAGACUAUCUUCGUUAAUAAGAUGGUUUGAAUUAUAUUUUUUAUAUAAUUAUCGAUUUCAUUUAUAAAUUGUCAGGUAAUUUAUGGAGGUGAAUAUAAAAAUUAUCAUAAUAUUAGAAAAGGGAGUUAAUGAAGAAAAUAGUUUAUAAAAAGGGAAAGGAUAGAAUUACAUGAAAAACCUUUCGAAAAAAUAUUAUCAUUUGAAUUAUUGAGUAACAAAUAAAAAAUGAAUCUUAUAAAAAUAACAUUAAAUAAAUUUGUAUGGAAUUUAUUGUUAAAUCUAAAGGAUGCUGAAAAAUAUUGUAAAUUAGGAGAUAGUUUACUUAAACAAAAUCGUUUAGAUGAAGCAAAAAACUUCUAUUAAAAAAGUUUACAUAUUAAAAAAACAGAUUUUAAUGCCAAAAUAGGAAUAGGUAUUAGAACUAAAUAUAUCUUAAGCUUAAUGUUUACAAAAAUCCCAUAAUUACAAAGAAGCAUUAGAGCUGUAUAAGGAAGUUCAAAAUGAUGAUAAAAAUAAUUAUUUUAUCUCGUUCUAAAUUGGUAAUAAUUAUAUUUAAAAAUAGCCGAAUGUUUAAGAAAUAUGUGGUAAGAUGAAGAAGCUCUUGCUGCUUAUUCUUAAGCUUUAGACAUUCAUGAAACUACAUAGGGUUUUUUUAUGUAAGGUAAUGAAAUCAAAUAUUCUUAGGUGUGACCCUAUUUAAUUUGAAUAGAAUGGAUGAAAUAUUAUAGUUUUAUUAGAGAGCAAAGAAAUUAGGAAUAAAAGAUGAAUGGAUGAAACUAUUCAAAAUAUUAAAAUGUAACGAAUACUUAGUUAACUCUAUUAGUUUAAAUGGAUGAAAAUAAUGAUAAAGCACAAGAAUUAAUUAAUUAAAUAGGAAAUGAUUCUGACUAAUAAGUACAUUGUCGAAUAUCUAUUUGUAAGUCGAUUAAAAUAUUAUUAGUUAAAAUAUUAUCGAGUCUUGAAAAUAAAGAAGAAAAUCUGAAAUAUGCCAAUCAAAUUUUGAAAAUUGAACCUAACAAUUUGCAGACAUUGUAAAUCAAAUGUAUAGUUUGAUUAAAAAUUUUAGUCGACAUUUUACUAGAAUAGUAGUAAUACGAAGAAGUAAUUCUACAGUAUGAUUAAAUGUAAAAGAUAAAUGGGAAACAUGAAUCAAUUAAUAAAAUGAAAGAUAAAUUAUAUUCUAAAUUAUCAGAAUUAGAUGAUUAUGAGUAAAUGGAUAUAUUUGAACAAAUAUUAUUAUUUAAUCCAAAAAGUAUUACAACACAAAUAAUGAAAUGUAAGGCACAUUUUAAAUAAAAAUUAGGUUAAUUUUUAUUAGAUAAGUACAAAUACAAGUAAGCAUUAUAUACUUUUGCACAAAUUCUUAAAUUAGAUUGGAAUGAAGAGAUUUUAGAACUAAAAAAUUAAUUAUUGUUAAAAGUUUCUAGUGAAUUUUAAGAUGAUCAUAAGAUAUUUUAUGAUUUUUAUACUAAAUGGUUACAAAUUAAUCCAUCAAAUGUUAUUGUUUUAGAGUUUAUGUGUAAAAAUUAUUAAAUGUAUUUUAAGAUCAUCUUUUAAUAAAAUAAAAAGAGUUUGAAGAAGCUAUAAAAUUUAUAUAAUUAAUUUUAUAAUUCGAACCAAAUAACUUUAUGA